AUGGAUAUAGAAAAAGAAUAUAGUCGUACCAAUGCUUAUGAGAAGGGUACGACUGGAGAUAAGAAGAGAUGUAAUGAUUGCAGUGGAGAAGAUGGUGAUGCCAACAAUGCUUGUGCCAAAGAGCUGAGAGACAACAAGAAGCAAAGGACAGACGAUAUCGAGAUCUUGCCACAGACUGGAAAUGAAUCAUCAUCUGCGAUCGUAUCAUCGGAUGCCAAUGGUGAUGUCCAAGAGUCCAAGGACAAGGAGAAGAAGGAUAGCAACAUGGAUGAUGUUGUGACAUCAGGUACGCAGCAGGAGAAGAUCGAGCAAGGAGAGUACAUCAAGUCGCAUACCUGUACAGAGAUGGAUGAUGAACUACAUGACAAGGGACAUCUAAGGCAUGAGACUGAGAGCUGUAAUCAGUAUGGUGUGGAUAUGAGUAGCGACAGCAGCUAUGAUGCCUAUAACGUCAACUAUGGCGAGAUGAUGAAAGACAGAGGAUAUCUACGUGCUUGCAACCAUGAAUACUAUGGAGCAGGCCGAUCAUGUUCAUACAGAUAG